AUGCAAGUCGCGGCGUUCCUAUCCGACUUGAAAUCCCUGAGCAUAUGCUCCCACGAAGCUGCCAUUGCACUGGUGAAUCCUGAUGUCCGCUUCGAGAACAAAGAGGAUCUGCCGGCGCUCUCUCCAGCCCAGAAAUCAGAGGCAAAGGCCCCUUCUCAGUCGGGGAGUGCCCCGCAAGACGAUGAUCCGGAUCUGCAACGAGCCCAGGAGCUUGUCUCGUUGCACUAUGCUGUCAAAGUCAAUCAUCUGAGAUCUGGCCUCGACCCCGAGCUGGUUGAAGCACGCAGGCGAGUCCAUGAAAUCGUGGCUGCUUUG